AGGUAAAUAAGCAUAGUACAUUAUAGAAGAAACAUACUUGUUGAAACAAUAUACUUACCAGAUUAUAUUUGUCCUUCCGUUCAUAUCAUCCAUCCAACUGCGAUAUAUCCUAUUUCACAACCAAAUUUUCGAAUAUCCAUCACUUAUCAAUAAUCCAUCCAUCUAUCAUAAAAUGUAUCAUUACAUCAAUCGAUCAUACUACACCCAUCUAUCCACAAACAUCUUUGCGCAACAAAUAUAUUCACUAUGUACUUAAAUCGAUUAGACGAUCAUGCCCGCUUUAGGUUUGCCCGCCGACGUUAGUGCCACUGCUGAUGGUACCCGCAAGUUGUUCAACAAGUGGUCUUACGAAGAUGUUGAAGUUAAGGACAUCUCUCUCCAAGAUUACAUUCAAAUCCGUCAACAAGUCUACUUGCCUCACACCGCUGGUCGUUUCGCCGUUAAGCGUUUCCGUAAGGCUCAAUGCCCUAUUGUCGAACGUUUGACCAACUCCUUGAUGAUGACUGGCCGUAACAACGGUAAGAAGUUGAUGGCUGCUCGCAUCGUUCAACAUGCUUUCGAAAUCAUCCACCUUUUGACCGAUGCCAACCCCCUCCAAAUCUUGGUUGAUGCCAUCAUCAACUGUGGUCCUCGUGAAGAUUCCACCCGUAUCGGUUCUCAAGGUACCGUCCGUCGUCAAGCCGUCGAUGUUUCUCCUCUCCGUCGUGUCAACCAAGCUAUUUCUUUGUUGACCAUCGGUACUCGUGAAUCGGCUUUCCGUAACAUCAAGACUGUUGCCGAAUGUCUUGCCGAUGAAUUGAUCAACGCUGCUAAGGGUUCUGCUAACUCUUAUGCCAUCAAGAAGAAGGACGAACUUGAACGUGUUGCUAAGUCUAAUCGUUAAAAAAUUGCUGUAUUUUUUUUGGAGAGUUUAUUGGGAGGGAUAAAACACUUUACAAUUCUACUUUCUUGUUUAUUCUGAACAAAAUAAAACCAAUGUCGUUCUAUUGAACAUAAUUAUCAUGUUAGCCGUGGAAUCCCAUAUUUUGUCAUGUCGUUCAUUUGAUAAUAGAAGGGUGAAAAAGGAAAUUUAUUUGCGGGGAGUGCUGACACAUAGAUGUAUCACUGACAAAGGUCCGAAAAAGUACAUCAAUAGAAGGUUGUUUCGCAUCAGCGACAGAUUAUGUGCAAGGUUUAUUUGUUAAAAGAAAAACAGUGUUAUGAUGAACAAGACAAGGCAAAAACAAAAUGAAGGUUUAUUAGUGGAAAAACAUUAAAGAAACGAUAUCAAUCUUGUCUUUAGGCCUUAACAGCG